UUUUCGUCGUCGAUUGAAGAACCGCCCAGGAGUUUGCCAUGGCGCAGCCGAAGAGUCGUGGUGCUUGUCGUUAUGUCGCUGCCAUUGUGCUUCUUCUUAUCGGAUUAGCUCUUGUCUUCUUGUCCGUGUUUCUUUUUCCCGUGGUGCUGGAACGCGUAGUCAAGAAAAAACUGGAAGAGACCGACGUUGUACUUCGACCUGGGUCCAAAGGGUUUGACGAGUGGAAAACUCCUGGUUCAACUGUUUAUUACAAAGUCUACUUCUUCAAUGUCACGAAUCCUGAUCACGUGAUCACCGGCAGUAAGCCCUUGCUGUCGGUAGUGGGGCCCUACGUCUAUAGAGAUGUUCGUGUGAAGACGAAUAUCACCUUCAGUGACAAUCAAACAGUCCUGCAGUACAAGUUGCAUUCAUUCUAUAUGUUUGAUCGAGAGAAGACAGACGAAAGCUUGGAUCCUGAUCAAGAUAACAUAACAACUCUCAAUAUUCCAUUUUUGGCUGUUGUUGAUCGUGCGAUGAACAGAGAAAAACAAGAGUUUGAGAUAGAGGUGCUGAAACAAAUAGUUAAGCAAACUCGUGAGCAGUUGUUCAUCACAAAGGCACCAACUAAGUUGCUGUGGGGAUAUCAAGAUAAGCUGAUUGAGAUUUUACAUUUACUACACUAUCUUCCCAAAGCGACGUUUGGUCUUGUUUACAAUGAUUCAGAAGCCGAUUGGAAAAACUACAGUAGCAUUCGUACUGGGUCUGAUGACAUCAAUGCUGUUGGUCGAUAUGUAGAGUGGAGAGGUAUGACACAUCUACCCUACUGGGGUGGACCUCAAGCCAACAUGAUUAAUGGGACUGACGGUACAUUGUUUCAUCCUCACGUGAAGAGAAAUGAAAGCUUGCAGCUGUUCAUCGACAAUCUUUACAGGUCAUCUUACUUGGAUUAUCAGAAGGAUGUCAAGUUGACCUGGAGUUGGAUGCCGUUGUAUCGUUUUGAGAUGCCUAAAUGGGAAUUAUGGAAUGAGACCAGGUGUCCGCUAAAUGCCCAGUUUUAUGCAAACUGGCUCUAUGGCAUUCUCAAUCUAUCAAAUGCAACAGGAGCACCAAUCUACACUUCCUUCCCAUACUUUUUGGAUGCUGAUCCAGAAAUCAGGAGAAACAUAAGUGGACUGAGAGAAGGCGAUCCUGAAUCAGAUUCGUCUUUUCUAGACAUCGAACCGAUCACUGGAUUGGUCAUGAGAUUCCAGAAGCAAGUGCAAGUAAAUGCAAGGGUACAGCAAUAUAAUACAACAGGUGGAGAUUACCCUAAUUGGAGUCAAACGUCUUACAUACAUGAUGCGCUUAUCCCAGUUUUCUAUGUUAAUGAGACUGCUACUGCUGAUUAUUCUCAUGUAAAUCUCGUUGCCAAUGGUAUUCCUUGGGGAGCUACAGCACUUGGAGGAAUCAUUGUUAUCAUAUGUGUUGUUCUGCUACUUGUUUGGACUUGUGGCCGUCCACAUGGGUACAAAGAGCUGGCACAAGUGUCACAGAAGAAAUAGACUGUGAAGAUAGAAGUACUCAGUAGUUAUUGUAGUUGACUUUCGAAUUUGAUUACAAGCAUGAUGAGCUCUGUCUAAGAAAAUGGAGUUGCCUUUAGUAGCAAUAGUAAGUAGCCUAGUGCAAUGCUCAGCUAUAGAAUGAUAACCACACUUGAAUUCUUAAUCAA